UAUCUUUUGAACACGACCUGCAAACCCGCAGCCCGCCACAGACCAUAAUAACUUCUUACCUUGCACAAAGACUGAAAUCAACGCUGAGUAUGAUUUCUGACCUCCCAAUUCCCCGCGCGCAUGUUACGCCAUGAUUGGUCAUUGCCAUGUGGGGACAAGAUCAUCAAGGCCUCCGCAGAUUUUUUCUUUUUCUUCUUCUUCCUCUCCCCUCGAACACGAACCUCUGGCUCGAAUCCGGGUGGAGAGGAAGACGACGACGAGAACAGCAACCAAGUCUUGAAUCCAUUCUUUAUUGUCGACCAUGUCUACAACCCGCCCAGUGUUGUCACGCACAUCGAGCAACCUGUUUCCGACCCCUCUAGCGACUGCACCCUACGCUCAAAAUAACAAGUCGACGUUGUCUAUCGACGAUGCAGUCCUCGAACUAAGUGAUGGAUCCGCCUUUCGAGGCAUCAGUUUUGGUGCAGAGAGAACGAGCGUAGCAGGCGAAUGCGUUUUUCAGACCGGUAUGGUGGGCUACACGGAGUCUCUAACUGACCCAUCCUAUGAAGGGCAGAUCCUCAUCUUGACCUACCCUCUCAUCGGCAACUACGGUGUGCCCAAGCGAUCCAGUGACGCCUCUGACCUCCCAGCCGAGUUUGAGUCGUCUCGCAUCCACGUCGCCGCUGUCGUGGUUGGCAACUACUCCCAAGAUUUCAGCCAUUUCCUCGCGGAGUCGUCGCUGAGCGACUGGCUCAAAGAAAAUGGAGUGCCCGCGAUUUACGGCGUCGACACCCGCGCCCUUACCAAAAAGAUCCGGGAAAAAGGCUCCAUGCUAGGGAAAAUUCUUGCAAGGAGGCCCGAAAUGCCAUUGGGUCGGAGGUUGUCGCCAAACCUUGUGUCAUCUCGGGCAUCCUCUCCCCAUACUACGGCUUCCUGGAGAGAAGAUUACUUCGACAUUCCUUUCCAGGACCCUAACCAAGCCAAUCUCGUCGCGGAAGUGUCCAUCAUGGAACCACGACUUUACUCGUCAACUAUCGCUCCACAUCUACACCCUUCAGGCAGACCAAUCCGCGUUCUGGCCAUCGAUGUGGGGAUGAAGUACAACCAAGUUCGUUGCUUCAUCAAUCGAGGUGUCGAGCUCAAGGUUGUUCCAUGGGACUACGACUUUUUAGGCGAGUCAGAGCCAUAUGAUGGUAUCUUCAUCUCCAACGGCCCCGGCGACCCAUCGCUGCUCUCCUCGACCAUCACCAGGCUUUCGGAAGCCAUGAAGAAGGCCGAUAAACCAAUUUUUGGCAUCUGUCUCGGCCACCAACUCCUCGCUCUCGCGGCAGGCGCGAAGACCUCCAAGAUGAAAUACGGAAAUCGCGGUCACAACAUUCCUUGUACAGACAUGCUCUCCGGUCGUUGUUAUAUCACCAGUCAGAACCAUGGUUUCCAGGUGGACACACCGACACUGCCAGCCGGCUGGAAAGAACUGUUCCGAAAUGCCAAUGACGGAAGCAACGAGGGUAUCUACUGCGAAGACAAGCCAUUCUUCUCUGUCCAGUUCCACCCAGAGUCCACUCCUGGACCACGUGACACCGAAUUUUUGUUUGACGUCUUCAUUAAAAACAUCGUGGACUGCGCCAUUACCAUCUCACUCCCUAGUGGGAAGAAAGAGGACAAUGAUAAGCGCGUUCCCCGUGCCGAUGUCACCAAGGUUAUUAUUCUUGGGUCCGGAGGCUUGUCUAUCGGUCAAGCGGGCGAGUUUGAUUACUCUGGAUCUCAGGCGAUUAAGGCACUCAAGGAGGAGGGAAUUUAUACGAUCAUGGUGAAUCCCAACAUCGCCACCAUCGCCACGUCCAAGGGUCUGGCCGACAAGGUGUAUUUCCUCCCAGUCACGCCAGAGUUCGUCCGGAAAAUCAUCAAGUAUGAGAAGCCAGAUGGUAUUUACGUUACAUUUGGUGGCCAGACAGCUUUGAAUGUGGGUAUCAAGCUGAAGGACGAAUUCGCGGAGCUUGGCAUGAAGGUGCUAGGAACGCCUAUCGACACGGUCAUCACCACGGAGGACAGGCAGCUGUUUGCGAGUGCCAUGGCCGAGAUUGGGGAGAAGUGUGCAGAGAGUUGCACCGCUGUUAACCAGGAGGAGGCCAUCAACGCUGCAAGGAGCAUUGGGUUCCCGGUCAUUGUUCGUGCUGCGUAUGCACUGGGAGGGCUGGGAUCUGGCUUUGCGCAGGAUGAAGCCCAGCUCAAGGCGCUGUGCAGCAAGGCUUUCGCUACCAGUCCUCAGGUCCUCGUGGAAAAGAGUAUGAAGGGGUGGAAGGAGAUCGAGUACGAGGUAGUCAGGGAUUGCCGUGAUAAUUGCAUCACGGUCUGUAACAUGGAGAACUUCGAUCCUUUAGGAAUUCACACUGGGGACUCCAUCGUCGUGGCCCCUUCACAAACGCUUUCCGACUCGGAUUAUAACAUGCUCCGGACAACUGCCAUCAAUGUAAUCAGACAUCUUGGCGUUGUUGGUGAGUGUAACAUCCAGUACGCCCUCAAUCCCAACUCCCAAGAGUAUUGUAUCAUCGAGGUUAACGCACGUCUGUCUCGAUCGUCGGCUCUUGCAUCCAAAGCUACCGGUUAUCCCCUUGCUUUCAUUGCCGCGAAGCUCGGUCUGGGAAUUCCCCUCAAUGAAAUUAAAAACUCGGUCACGAAAGUCACUAGCGCUUGCUUCGAACCCAGCUUGGAUUAUGUGGUAGUCAAGAUUCCUCGAUGGGACUUGAAGAAGUUCAACCGUGUCAGUCGUCUUCUUAGUAGUAGCAUGAAGAGUGUUGGCGAGGUCAUGAGCAUUGGGCGAACGUUUGAGGAGACAAUUCAGAAGGCCAUUCGAGCUAUCGACGACCAAUUCUCAGGAUUUGUGAAGAACGAGUUCGUGGAGAAUAUCGAUGAAGAGCUCGUCAACCCAACGGAUAAGCGUAUAUUCGCCAUCUCAACCGCCUUCCAUCGUGGCUAUAGCAUCGACAAGAUCUGGCAAAUGACUAACAUCGAUAAAUGGUUCCUAGCGAAACUGAAGUACAUUUAUGAGAUGGAGGUGCUUCUGGGCGGGUAUAGUGUUUCGACUCUGACUCCCGAUAUUCUCCGUCAAGCGAAGCAACUUGGGUUCUCGGAUAGACAGCUUGCUACUUGUGUGGGAUCGACGGAACUCGCUGUACGCACGCUUCGCAAGGAGCAAGGGAUUGCUCCCUUUGUGAAACAGAUCGAUACCGUUGCUGCCGAAUUUCCUGCAUUCACUAACUAUCUGUACACGACCUACAAUGCAGUGGAGCACGAUAUUUCCUUCAACGAUCGUGGUGUCAUGGUUCUGGGGUCUGGAGUGUACCGCAUUGGUUCGUCCGUCGAAUUUGACUGGUGCGCUGUCCGGGCCAUCCGUACUCUUCGUGAUGAAGGUCUCCCCACCGUUAUGGUUAAUUAUAACCCCGAGACCGUCAGUACUGACUAUGACGAGGCCGAUCGUUUGUAUUUCGAGAACAUCAGUUUGGAGACCAUCCUCGAUAUCUACGAUGCAGAGCAAUCUCGAGGCGUCAUUCUCUCAAUGGGUGGGCAAACGCCUAACAACAUUGCGCUUCCACUGUACCGCGAAAACGUUAAUAUUUACGGGACGUCGCCAGAGAUGAUCGAUACCGCUGAGAAUCGAUUCAAGUUCUCGCGUCUCUUGGACGAGAUUGGGGUGGACCAACCAUUAUGGAAGGAACUCACGAGCUUCGACGAGGCUUACGCGUUCUGCGAGAAAGUGGGCUACCCUGUUUUGGUCCGGCCAUCAUACGUCCUGUCCGGUGCGGCUAUGAAUGUCGUGUCUACUGGGGACGACUUGCAGAACUAUCUGACGCAGGCCACCGCAGUUUCCCGCGACCACCCCGUCGUCAUUACCAAGUAUAUCGAGCAAGCGAAAGAGAUUGAGAUGGACGCUAUUGCUAAGGAUGGCAAGAUGGUCAUGCACUACAUCUCCGAACAUGUAGAGAAUGCUGGAGUGCAUUCAGGUGAUGCUACCUUGAUACAUCCGCCUCAAGAUUUGGACCCUCAAACAGUGCGACAGAUCGCCGACGCCACCGCGAAAAUCGGAAACGCGCUCAAUGUCACAGGGCCUUUCAACAUCCAGUUCAUUGCAAAGAAUAACGAGAUCAAGGUCAUCGAAUGCAAUCUUAGGGCCGCAAGAUCUUUCCCUUUCGUCUCGAAGGUGACCGGUAUUGACGCUAUCGAGAUGGCUACUAAAGUCAUGCUUGAUCUUCCCGUUGAAUCGUAUCCGGAAUCAGAUCUUCCUCCCGAUUAUGUGGGAAUCAAAGUCCCUCAAUUCAGCUUUAGUCGACUGUCUGGUGCUGAUCCUAUUCUUGGAGUAGAGAUGGCGUCGACAGGAGAAGUUGCAUGCUUUGGUCACGACAAAUACGAGGCGUACCUCAAGGCUCUCAUUUCCACUGGUAUCGUGCCGCCUAAGAAAAAUAUUCUUUUCUCGAUUGGCAGUUACCGAGAAAAGCUGGAGCUGCUUCCAUCAGUCCAAAAAUUGAGUGCCGCUGGGUAUAAUAUUUUCGCAACAUCCGGUACCGCCGACUUUUUGACAGAACAUAAUGUUCCUUGCAAGUACUUGGAAACGCUUGGAGAAGACAAUCGGGAGAAGCAAAAGUCCGAAUACUCCCUCACUCAGCAUCUUGCGAAUAAUCUUAUUGAUAUGUAUAUCAAUCUACCGUCCAAGAACCACUAUCGGCGACCCGCAAGCUAUACAAGUAAAGGCUAUCACACUCGAAGGAUGGCAGUUGACUUUGCUGUCCCUCUUAUCACUAAUGUCAAAAACGCCAAAAUGCUUGCUGAAGCCCUCGUGCGAAAGUUACCACUAGAUGUGUCGACUGUGGAUUCGAAGAGCUCUCAUCAGACCCAUACUUUCCCUGGGUUGGUUAGCAUCGCUACAUUUGUGCCUAACCUCGCGGAACCGGGUAGCAAGGAUCUCGAAGAAGCAACGGAAGCGUCGCUUAGCGCAGGAUUUACAACUGCGAUUGUGAUUCCCAUAGGUCAUAGCACACGGAUUACGGAUCGUGCGUCACUGGAUGCCGCUAAGGCCAAUCUCAAGGGCUCCGCUCAUUGCAAUUUUGCGCUCACGCUUGCCGCGUCGGCACAGAACGUUCAAGGAUUAGACGAUGAAUUGCAAGCCGAGGCCAAGGCCCUCUUCAUUCCCUUCAACGUUGAUCACGUCACCAUUUCACUUUCUGCGGUCGCCGCCCACUUCACAUCGUGGACAUCGGAUAAACCUAUUGUCACAAACGCAAAAGGGUCCGACCUUGCCUCCGUGCUGCUUUUGGCUAGCCUUCACAACCGAAGCGUCCACGUCACCGACGUCCUCACAAGCGACGACUUGCUGUUGAUCUCUCUCAGCAAGGCUAAGCAGCUGAAGGUCACAUGUGAUGUGUCUGUAUACUCGUUGUUCUUUAACCGCUCUCAAUUUCCCAGAUCAACAUGUCUGCCAACUACAGAAGAUCAAAAGGCAAUGUGGUCUAAACUCGAAACGAUCGAUGCUUUCUCAGUUGGCGCAACCCCUUAUAUUUUAGCCACAGAACAAGGCGAGACAACUUCGCCGUGGUCAGGCAUGGAGGAAACGCUACCCCUUCUACUCACUGCAGUAGCUGAUGGGCGCCUCACCCUUGAAGAUAUCCGUCUUCGAUUGCACGAUAACCCAGUCCUCGUCUUCGGGCUUCCCGAACAAGCCAAUACCACCGUUGAAGUGGUCGUUGGCCGUAAGGCUCCAUUCGGGAAACGAGUAACAUGCUGGUCGCCAGUGGAAAAGGGCUUCGUUACCGGUGCCAUCCAUAGGGUCAUCGUGCAUGGUCAGACGAAUUUCCUUGAUGGCGCUUUGACUUCAUUGCCUAACGGCAAAAACAUUUCGAGCGCGACGAUUACCCAUCCUUCUGCGGCGGCUUCGGUAUCGCCAGCGCUCAAGGCAGUGGAGCCCACCUCCUUGGGUGCUAUAGCAACGCUUGCUAUGGGGCCGCCCAUGGUUCCACCGGGGCAUCCUGCGAUACAAGGCCCGCCAGCAUUAAAUAUCUUCUCCCAUCUUCUUCCCCAUCCAUCAUUCCAUCGCCGGCACAUUCUUUCUGUGAAGCAGUUCACCCAUCGGGACAUGUAUGACCUGUUCUCUCUUGCUCAUGAGAUGCGCCUUCAGGUCGAGCGUAACGGGACUCUUGACGUCCUGAGAGGAAAGGUGCUAUGUACCGCAUUCUAUGAACCCUCGACGCGGACCAGCUCCUCGUUUGAUGCUGCCAUGAAACGAUGUGGUGGGCAAGUUGUCCAGAUCAACGCAGAUAACUCUUCCGUCAUGAAGGGAGAGACGUUACCGGACACGAUUAGGACGCUUGCUUGUUAUGGUGAUGCCAUCGUAAUACGGCAUCCAGAUGUCGGCAGUGCGCAAUUGGCCGCAAAGUCUUCUCCUGUUCCUAUCAUCAAUGCUGGAGAUGGGAUUGGGGAGCACCCCACACAGGCAUUAUUGGAUAUAUACACCAUUCGAUCAGAACUCGGUACUGUGAACGGACGGACCAUCACGCUUUUGGGUGACCUCAAGAACGGACGUACGGUCCACAGUCUCGUUACCCUGCUUAGUUUGUAUUCCGUGCAGCUCAAUUUCGUAUCACCUCCAUCUCUUGCCAUGCCCGCCAGCGUAGUUUCUGCUGUUCGAAAGGCUGGUAUACCUGUUACAAUAUGCGAGUCCCUUGAGGAAGUUUUGCAUGACACUGAUGUGUUAUACGUGACGCGCGUUCAAAAGGAGAGGUUCGAAACUGAGGCUGAGUGGAACCAAGUGAAAAAUGCUUAUCGCGUCGAUCAUGCCGUUCUGUCAAGAGCCAAAGAAGAUAUGAUCGUCAUGCACCCACUACCAAGGAUGAAUGAGAUUGAUCCUGAGGUCGACUUCGACUCGCGGCGUGCUGUCUACUUUAGACAGAUGCGCUAUGGUCUUUUCAUUCGUAUGGCACUCCUCAUGAGCGUCCUUCUGUAGAUCGCAGACUUCCAAAAGUAAUAAUAAUUUUAGACAGCCAGAAUGGUUUGUAUUAUAUAGAGAACAAUUUAGUAGACGCACAGGAGAUCUAUUCAUCUCCGGACGACAAGAUGACCAAGCGCAUGUAUACUAUACUAGAUAUGCCAAUGUGGCCAUAUAACAUUCUACCAAUCAAGAGGUUUUCACCCUUGAUUC